AUCUUGGGUGUCGCAGUUUGACUAUCUGUCAGUGUCAGUGUAGCUUUGUAAUUAGUCAUUCUGCGAAAAAAACGGUGAAAAUUCAGAAAAAGACUGAAGAGUGUUUUAAGUUUAGUUCCGUGCUUGCUGUUGUAAAAAUUUCGGCAGCAUGACGCAACAAUUACUCCCGAUAAAGUUCCAGGAGCACUUGCAGCUCACAAAUGUCGGGAUUAACGUGGCCAACAUCUCCUUCGCCACUCUCACCAUGGAGAGCGACAAGUUCAUCUGCGUGCGGGAGAAGGUCGGGGACACGUCCCAGGUGGUCAUCAUCGACAUGGGGGACACCGCCAACCCCAUCAGACGCCCCAUCACCGCCGAGAGCGCGAUCAUGAACCCCGCCUCCAAAGUGAUAGCCCUCAAGGGCAAAGCGGGCGUCGAGGCCCAAAAGACCUUGCAGAUUUUCAACAUCGAGAUGAAGUCCAAAAUGAAAGCACACACCAUGUCAGAGGACGUCAUCUUCUGGAAGUGGAUCUCGCUAAACACCUUGGCUUUGGUCACCGAAACCUCGGUGUAUCAUUGGUCCAUGGAGGGUGACUCUACACCUGUUAAAAUGUUUGAUCGUCACUCAUCUCUGAAUGGCUGCCAAAUUAUAAACUAUCGCACUGAUCCCAAACAAAACUGGUUACUAUUGGUGGGCAUUAGUGCCCAACAGUCUCGUGUUGUGGGCGCAAUGCAACUUUAUUCCGUCGAAAGAAAAUGUUCACAACCGAUCGAAGGUCAUGCUGCCUCUUUUGCCACAUUCAAAAUGGAAGGCAAUCCUGAACCAUCGACACUUUUCUGCUUUGCCGUAAGAACAGUACAAGGAGGCAAACUCCACAUCAUCGAAGUGGGGCAAAGUCCGGCCGGCAACCAACCAUUCCCCAAGAAAACCGUCGACGUGUUCUUCCCCCCUGAGGCCCAAAACGACUUUCCCGUAGCGAUGCAAGUCUCGGCAAAAUACGACGUCAUCUACUUAAUCACAAAAUACGGCUACAUUCACAUGUACGACAUCGAAAGCGCCAUCUGUAUCUACAUGAAUCGUAUCUCAAGCGAGACAAUUUUCGUAACAGCUCCGCACGAAUCCACCGGUGGUAUUAUCGGUGUGAAUCGUCGCGGACAAGUAUUGUCUGUUUCUGUCGACGAAGACAGUAUUAUUCGAUAUGUGAAUCAAGUUUUGCACAAUCCUGAUCUGGCUUUACGUAUCGCCACUAGAAAUAAUCUCGCAGGCGCUGAAGAGCUGUUUGUGAACAAGUUCCAAAUGUUGUUCACGAAUGGACAGUAUGCUGAAGCGGCCAAAGUGGCAGCCAAUGCGCCGAAAGGGAUUUUGAGAACACCAGCUACGAUUCAAAUGUUCCAACAAGUGCCCACGCAGCCGGGACAGAACAGUCCACUGUUGCAGUAUUUCGGGAUUUUGUUAGAUCAAGGGCAGCUAAACAGAUACGAAUCGCUGGAAUUGUGCAAACCAGUCCUCUUGCAAGGCCGUAAACAACUUCUCGAAAAAUGGCUAAAAGAAGACAAACUCGAAUGUUCGGAAGAAUUGGGCGAUCUCGUAAAACAAGCCGACUCAACUCUCGCCCUUUCUGUCUAUCUCCGAGCUAACGUCCCCGCCAAAGUCAUUCAAAGUUUUGCCGAAACCGGUCAGUUCCAAAAAAUCGUCCUCUACGCCAAAAAAGUCAACUACACACCCGACUACAUUUACUUGCUGCGCUCCGUCAUGCGGACAAACCCCGACCAGGGGGCGGCUUUCGCAAGCAUGCUGGUUGCCGACGAGGAACCACUAGCCGACAUCAACCAAAUUGUCGAUAUUUUCAUGGAACAAAACAUGGUGCAACAGUGCACGGCCUUCUUGCUGGACGCUUUGAAGCACAAUAGGCCGACCGAAGGCCACCUCCAGACGCGCCUCCUGGAGAUGAACUUAAUGUCGGCGCCGCAGGUCGCCGACGCAAUCCUGGGCAACAACAUGUUUACGCAUUAUGACAGAGCCCAUAUUGCGCAGCUUUGCGAGAAAGCCGGGCUUUUGCAGAGGGCGCUGGAGCACUACACCGACUUGUACGACAUCAAGCGGGCUGUGGUCCACACCCACUUGCUGCCAAUGGAUUGGCUGGUGAAUUUCUUCGGGACUUUGAGCGUUGAGGACAGUUUGGAGUGUCUCAAGGCUAUGUUGACGGCCAAUAUAAGGCAAAACUUGCAGAUUUGUGUACAAAUUGCGACCAAAUAUCACGAACAACUUACAACGAAAGCGCUGAUUGAUUUGUUUGAGAGUUUUAAGAGUUAUGAAGGGCUUUUCUAUUUUCUGGGUUCGAUUGUGAAUUUUUCACAGGAUCCGGAUGUGCAUUUCAAGUAUAUUCAGGCGGCGUGUAAGACCGGACAAAUCAAGGAAGUUGAACGGAUUUGUCGAGAGUCGAAUUGUUAUAAUCCGGAGAGUGUGAAGAAUUUCCUCAAGGAAGCGAAACUGACCGAUCAAUUGCCGUUGAUUAUUGUGUGCGAUCGCUUCGAUUUCGUGCACGAUUUGGUGCUGUAUUUGUACAGGAAUUCGCUGCAAAAGUACAUCGAGAUCUACGUACAAAAGGUAAAUCCCAGCCGUCUCCCCGUGGUCGUCGGCGGCCUCCUGGACGUAGACUGCGCCGAAGACAUCAUCAAAAACCUGAUCCUCGUCGUCCGUGGCCAAUUCUCCACCGACGAACUGGUCGAAGAAGUGGAGAAACGCAACCGCUUGAAACUCCUCCUACCAUGGCUGGAGAGUCGCGUCCACGAGGGCUGUGUCGAACCGGCCACCCACAACGCCCUGGCCAAAAUCUACAUCGAUUCAAACAACAACGCCGAACGUUUCCUCAAAGAAAACCAAUGGUACGACUCACGCGUCGUUGGCCGCUACUGCGAAAAACGCGACCCCCAUCUCGCCUGCGUCGCCUACGAGCGCGGCCAAUGCGACCGCGAACUAAUCGCAGUCUGUAACGAAAACUCGCUUUUCAAAUCCGAGGCGAGAUAUUUAGUCAGACGGCGGGACCCGGAAUUAUGGGCCGAAGUCUUGCAGGAAAGUAACCCGUACAGGAGACAAUUGAUCGAUCAAGUGGUCCAGACAGCGCUGAGCGAAACGCAAGACCCGGAGGACAUCUCCGUGACUGUCAAAGCCUUCAUGACUGCUGACCUUCCAAAUGAAUUGAUCGAGUUGCUUGAGAAAAUCGUCCUGGACAGUUCGGUUUUCUCCGAUCACCGAAACUUGCAAAACCUCCUGAUCCUAACGGCGAUCAAAGCCGAUGCCACCCGAGUCAUGGACUACAUCAACCGUCUAGAUAAUUACGACGCUCCUGAUAUCGCAAAUAUCGCAAUAAAUAACCAUUUAUACGAGGAGGCGUUUGCAAUUUUCAAGAAAUUCGACGUUAACACUUCAGCCAUUCAGGUUCUGAUCGAGCAGGUGAACAAUUUGGAUCGUGCGUAUGAGUUUGCGGAGCGUUGUAAUGAGCCGGCGGUUUGGAGUCAGUUGGCCAAGGCACAGUUGAAUCAAGGGUUGGUCAAGGAGGCGAUCGAUUCGUACAUUAAGGCCGAUGAUCCGUCGGCCUAUAUGGCCGUGGUGGAGACGGCGUCCAAGAAUAACUCGUGGGAGGAUUUGGUGCGGUAUUUGCAAAUGGCGAGGAAGAAGUCACGGGAGAGUUAUAUCGAGUCGGAGUUGAUUUAUUCGUAUGCCAAGACGGGACGGCUUGCCGAUUUGGAGGAGUUUAUAAGUGGGCCGAAUCAUGCCGAUAUACAGAAGAUCGGCGAUCGAUGUUUUGAUGAUAAAAUGUACGAUGCGGCCAAGUUGUUGUAUAAUAAUGUCUCGAAUUUUGCGAGGUUGGCGAUUACUUUGGUGCAUUUGAAGGAGUUUCAGGGAGCUGUCGACAGCGCCCGCAAGGCCAACAGCACCCGCACCUGGAAAGAGGUAUGUUUUGCGUGCGUGGACGCCGAAGAGUUCCGUUUGGCGCAAAUGUGCGGAAUGCACAUUGUCGUCCACGCCGACGAACUGCAAGAUCUCAUCAACUACUACCAAGACCGCGGCUAUUUCGAAGAGCUCAUCGGUCUGCUGGAGGCCGCCCUAGGUCUCGAGCGCGCCCACAUGGGCAUGUUCACCGAGCUGGCCAUCCUCUAUUCGAAAUACAAGCCGGCGAAAAUGCGCGAACACCUGGAGCUGUUCUGGUCGCGCGUCAACAUUCCCAAAGUAUUGCGCGCCGCCGAACAGGCGCAUCUCUGGGCCGAACUGGUCUUUCUCUACGAUAAGUACGAGGAGUACGAUAAUGCCGUUUUGGCCAUGAUGGCGCAUCCGACGGAGGCAUGGCGUGAAGGACACUUUAAAGAUAUUAUCACUAAAGUGGCCAAUAUUGAGUUGUACUACAAGGCGAUUCAGUUUUAUUUGGAUUAUAAGCCGUUGUUGUUGAACGAUUUGUUGCUGGUUUUGGCACCGAGAAUGGAUCAUACGAGGGCUGUGGCGUUUUUCACAAAGACGGGACAUUUACAACUUGUCAAGUCUUAUUUGAGGUCGGUGCAGAAUUUGAAUAAUAAGGCCAUUAAUGAGGCGCUAAAUUCGCUAUUGAUUGAAGAAGAGGAUUUCCAGGGUUUGAGAACAUCGAUCGACGCAUUCGACAAUUUCGACAAUAUCGGCUUGGCCCAAAAACUCGAAAAACACGAACUGACCGAAUUCAGACGCAUCGCCGCCUAUUUAUACAAAGGCAACAACAGAUGGAAACAGAGCGUGGAAUUAUGUAAGAAGGAUCGCCUUUUCAGAGAUGCGAUGGAAUACACAGCUGAAUCCAAAAAUCAAGAAUUGGCCGAAGAACUACUGGCGUGGUUUUUGGAACGAAAGGCCUAUGAUUGUUUUGCAGCAUGUCUCUACCAAUGCUAUGAUUUAUUAAGGCCUGACGUAAUAUUGGAACUAGCCUGGAGACAUAAAAUCAUGGAUUUGGCGAUGCCUUAUUUGAUUCAAGUAACGAGAGAAUUAACCACAAAAGUGGAAAAAUUGGAACAAUCGGAUGCACAAAGGCAGAGCGAGGCCGCCGAAGAAACACACAAGCCGAUGAUGAUCAACGAGCCACAGCUAAUGCUAACGGCAGGACCUGGCAUGGGUAUUCCACCGCAGGCGUACGUCCCCCCGCAGGCCUACGCCCAGCCAGGCUACGCCCCCCAGAUGCCGUACGGCGCUUACCCGGGCAUGUUAUAAGGAGAAUUUUAGCCAGCGUUAUGAUAAUUACAAGUUUAGAAGAGGAAAUGGUUCAAAUGACGCUACUAUUAAUAAA